UGCACUCUGCCACUUCCUGUCCCUCUUCCUCCACAACAACACGAUCGGUGCUCCCCAGCCUUCUCGUGUCGACAGUCACUACUGCCACUGCUCAUCUCCUCAUUCAUCAGAAAACCCUCCAUCCAUUCGCCCUUGGGCAGCCAGAGAGCAUCUUGGCCAACCACCACCGCCAUGGCUGAACAGUCGCUGCAGCAGAAAGACGGCCACCACGGUGACGGUGAUGUCGCCAUGCAGGACAACCUCGACACCCUUCCCGUCACUCACCAGACGCCUGCCAGCCACAUUCACGUCAUGAGCUGCCACCUCGCCACCCCGGUGGAGCAGCAGUCCCGCGAGGUGCCUGCGGCGGGUGCAGAUGUGCCAGCCCUCGAUCCAGACUACUGCCCAUCAGAGUUCAGAGAGAAGCAGUGGCUUCGCACAAUCAAGGCCAAGCUCGGGAACCGCCACAGCGAGAUCAAGUGGCACAUCAUGCGCCAGCAGCGGGACCGCGGCCCAAGCACCACCACCAACAACCAGAAUGAUCGUCAGAUCAACACAAAGACCAUCUCCAAGAAGCCAGAACUCAAAUCGCCGCUUCGCAACUGGACCAAGAGGGUCGAGACCUGGACCGGCAGCAAGCACUCCCACAGCCUCUGGGCCUUCUUCGUUGUCCCUCCACCUGGUGCAGGUGGCACUGCUCGCUUUCUGGCCACCUAUCCCAAGGCAUGGGCCACCGCAUCUCAGGCCGAGCUCGUUGCCGACGACCUGAUGGCCAAGAUCACGCCAAAGAUCGCAGAGUGUCUACACCAGCAGCUUCCACACAAUAUCCGCUUCCGAGUCCAAAGCACGGAUCCCUCUCACCACCAUGCUUUCCAGGAUCGGAACGGCGUCCGCAAGCACGCUUCCGGCCUCGCACAAGAUCUUGCCCCUCCGGAGCCUGGCAGAACAAUCAUCGAGCGCGGCAUCGUCCUCGCCCGUGUCCUCACUCACAGACUCACUCAAGUGCACCGUUGUUUGGCGCCAGGCACCAUGCAGGCCAUGUGGCAGGUGUACUUGGAUGGCUUGUCCAGCGCUCCUGCGGACGGAGGCGCACACCCGGAGCCACCCGAGCUUCCCAUCUACGGCGGCAAACCCCGGCUGCUCUAUGGAGAGCGGCAUGAGGGAGCACUCCGAUUGAAGCCGUCCCGAGUAAUGGCAGAAGCAGUUGGCGACUUUCGCCUGACCAUCAACAGCGCGCACCUCGAAAGACUUUAUCCAAUCAUCGCAGGCGUCCAUACCACGUUCCUUAAUUGUGGCGACCUGAAGACGGCAGUACUGAGGGCUGCAGGCUGCACAUGGGUGACCAACAUGGAUGCUUUUGAUGGUAUUGGCGUCUACAACCAGUGUGGCAAGCCGUGUGAGGGAUUGACCGAUCCGACCUAUUGCAUGAGCCACUACAUGACCUGCAGGCUCUGUGGACGCAUCAAGCCUUGCGCGACGAUGGGCACCGCUCCGGAUCACACGUGGGCGUGCCGCAGCUGCAUCCACGGCCAGAAGACGGGCCGGAUUCCUCCUUAUGAUCUUGUCAGAGACUUCAUGAGGGGCUUGAUGAUGAAUUAG